AUGGCGAGGAAUAGUUCAAGUGAAUUCAAUGCUCUCACAGAGCCACCACAUCCAAACAAGACCAAAACCCAGUUUAAUAGUAUAGAUGAGGCUAUAGAGGCUUACAAGCGGGGUGAAUUCGUGAUUGUGAUGGAUGACCAAGACAGGGAAAAUGAGGGUGAUUUAGUACUACCAGCUUGCGGUGUUACAGCAGAGCAGAUGGCUUGGAUGAUCAAGUGGACGAGUGGCUAUAUCUGCAUAUCGCUACCAUCAGCACGUUUAUCAGAGCUGCAAAUAGGUAUGAUGAGUAGUGAGAACACUGAGAAGCAUAAGACAGCAUAUACGGUCACAGUUGAUUAUCUCAAAGGUGUUUCUACUGGUAUAUCUGCCACUGAUAGAGCACUUACUGCGAGAAUGUUGUCGCCUGGUAGUGGAGCCUCUGCGAAUGAUUUCAACAGACCUGGUCAUAUGGUUCCGCUGAGGUGCGUAGAUGGCGGCACUGUGAAUAGACAGGGACACACAGAGAGUGCCACAGAUCUUGCAAUACUCGCUCAUUUGCCACCAGCUGGCCUUUUAUGCGAGAUUGUCAACCCUCAUAGCCCUCACGGUGACAUGGCCAGAUUGACCGACUGCAUGGCCUUCGCUGCGAUAUGGGGGAUACCAGUUAUUACAGUGAAUAUGAUCGCUGAGAGGAUGUCGAGUGUAAGCAUUUGA